UGUGUUUGUUGGGAAUGUAAAGCCUAAAAUGGAGAUGGAAGACACAAACAUAAACACAAACAAAUCUGAUUCUUCCUCGCCAAGUGGCUCUCUCUUAAGAACCGGACGUUGUCCCUUGCAAACUAUGCGGUCUCCUUUGCCAUUUUCACGAUCACCCUCACCAUUGUCGCCUGGCAGCUCACCUUCAGGAUCACCAUCACCUUUAUGUCCAUUAAACAACGAGAGUCCGAAAUCCCCGAUGGUGGACUUAGAGGUAGAGGAACAAGAAGGGAGUCAAGGAAGUCCAGGGACAGAGGAAGAGAGAGAGCAAGAGCCUACAAAUGAGGACUUGGAUACAAGUAAAAAAAGAAAGACUACUUCAGAUGUUUGGUCUCAUUUUACAAGGAAGAAAGUAGAAGGAAAAGUUAAAGCCCAAUGCCAUCAUUGUGGCAAACUUUACUUGGGUGAUUCAAGCCAAGGUACAACCCAUUUGCGUAAUCAUCUAGCAAGAUGUCCACGGAUGAAGUUUAAAGAUAUAAGACAACAAGUCUUAAUUAAACAACAAAAUAAGGUGGAUGAAACUAUGAGUUUAAGUAAUUAUCAAUUUGAUCAAGCUAGAGUUAGGAAUAAGCUUGCUCGAAUGGUCAUCCUACAUGAAUAUCCUCUUUCAAUGGUUGAUCACAUUGGGUUUAGAGAAUUUGUGACGGAUCUUCAACCGAUGUUUAAACUUGUCACAAGAAAUACUUUGAAGAGUGACAUUUUUAAAAUCUAUGAUAAUGAGAGGGAGAAAGCUUUGAAGAUCACAAACAAGAAUGGAAGUAGGAUGGCAAUUACAACUGAUAUGUGGACUUCAAGUAACAAAAAGAGAGGGUUUAUGGUCAUUACCGCUCAUUUCAUUGAUCAUGCUUGGACGUUGCAAAGUUGGGUUUUAAGGUUUGUUUAUGUUCCUUCUCCACACACGAAAGAUGUUCUUGCCAAUGUCCUUGUUGAUUGUUUUUUAGAGUGGAAUAUUGAUAGGAAGUUGUCCACAAUAACCGUAGAUAAUUGUAGUACUAAUGAUGCCAUGAUAAGACUUCUCUUGAAUAAGCUUGAUACUAGUUCUCUUAUGUUGGGUGGGUCUAUGUUGCAUAUGAGAUGUGCUGCACAUAUUUUGAAUUUGAUUGUUCAAGAUGGGUUGUCUCUUAUUGGUGAUGGUAUUGAAAGGAUUCGUGAUAGUGUGAUUUAUUGGACUGGAUCACCAAAGAGGAGACAAAAAUUUGAAGAAAAUGCACGUCAAUUGCGUGUUCAAUGCACCAAAGAGUUAGUUUUAGAUUGUAAAACUCGUUGGAAUUCAACUUACUUAAUACUUUCUACUGCAUUGAUUUAUAAAGAUGUUUUCUCGCGUUUGGCUAAACGUGAAAUAUCUUAUACUUGUUUGCCAUAUGAUCAUGAUUGGGAGGUAGCCAAAGAUAUUUGUGGGAGGUUGGAGUUGUUUUAUAGUGUAACUGAGUUUUUCUCUGGUCGUAAGUACCUCACAACUAAUAUGUAUUUUUCUUUGGUGUGUGAGUUGAAAAUUGCAUUGAAUGAAUGGAGUUUGUCUUCAAGUGAGAUGAUAAAUACGAUGGCCGAAAGCAUGCUUGCUAAAUUUAAUUCUUAUUGGGCUAAUGUUAGUGUUGUUAUGGCUGUUUCUGUUAUCUUAGAUCCAAGAUAUAAGAUGAAGUUAUUGGAGUUUUAUUAUCCUAACAUUUAUGAUGAGUCUCCUGUAGAUAAUGAAGGAAAUUCUCAUAUGCCUGCAAGUACUUCAAAUCAAGUGGCACAAAUAAAAUUUAGGUUGAUUGGGUCAAUGUCAAGGUUUGAUGGGUUUGUGAACAAUAGUUCAAGUAGUUCAAAGAAACAUGGGAGUGGUAGAAUGAAAUUUGAUCAUUUCAUUGAUGAGGGAGUGUUGAAGAGGAGUGAAGACUUCGAUAUUUUGGCAUGGUGGAAAAGUAAUGGUCUCAAGUAUCCUACUUUACAAAGGAUUGCAAGAGAUAUUUUAGUCAUUCCUGUCACAACUGUUGCUUCAGAAGUUGCCUUUAGCACUAGUGGGAGACUUUUAAGUCCACACCGCAGUAGGCUACAUCCCAAGACUAUAGAGGCAAUGAUGUGUGCUCAGAAUUGGUUAUGGAGUGAAAUCAACGCUUGGCUGGCUGGUUUGUCUGCCUCCGAGGUGGUGACUUCCCCUUUAUCCUUAGUAGCUCCCCCAGCUGGCAAGACUGUGGAGGCCAAAUCCUGUUGGAAACUUUGGGAGGCCACCUCUGCCUCAGAAGCGGUUGCAGUCUUGGCUAAGGAGGCUUCUAGAGGGGCAAUAUUCUCUUUAGCUGGUUCUGGCUGGCCAGGAGGAGGAAGACUUGGAGGCAAAACCUCCUCAUUGGGGUUAGCGGUUGAGGGGGUGACUUCAGCUUAA